AUCGUAGUCUAAACAAUUAAAAAAAAAGUGAAAAUUGUCAGACGGCAGGCAUUAAGUCAUAAAUAAAUUUGAUUAAUUAAUAAUUGACCUAAAUUUGUCUAAAAUUUCUAAAAAUCAUCGCAGUUUAACUUAGUUAAAAAAUUAAGCGGCAGCGAGCAAUGUCUUCAUUAUUACUCUCGAAGGCUUUUAUUAAUGGCAAGUGGGUGGAUGCGGCCGAUUGUGAUAUGUUUGACGUAUGCAAUCCUGCCAACGGUAAACUUAUUGGCUGCGUACCGAACAUGAAGAUCGAAGAUUGUCGCGAUGCAAUAGUUGCUGCUAAAUGUGCAUUCUUUUCCAAGGAAUGGUCAUGCUUGGUUGCAAAGCAACGUGCCGACUUGCUUAGGUGCUGGGCCAUUUUAAUGAAACAGAAUGUCGAUGACAUCGCUGAUAUUAUCACAGCCGAGUCGGGAAAACCUAUAACUGAGGCAAAGCAUGAGAUUUUACAUGGAAGUUCGCUUUUGGAGUGGUUCGCAGAGGAAGCUCGCCGAGUGUUUGGUGAAAUUAUACCUUCUCCAAAGAAAGAUAGCGAACUGUUAGUAAUCAAACAACCUUUAGGUGUCGCAGGCUUGAUUACACCUUGGAAUUUUCCCUUAAGUACGAUAACGCAAAAUGCGGGCGCUGCAUUAGCUGCUGGUUGUACUGUCGUCAUCAAGCCAAGCUUAUUUACUCCCUUGACUUGCUUGGCUGUGGCGAAAUUGUCUGAAGAAGCUGGAUUUCCUAGAGGAGUAAUCAAUGUUGUCACUUCGAAUAAUGCGCGCUGCAUAGGAGAAUACAUGUGCAAGAGUCGAGAUAUUCAAAUUAUAUCGUUUACUGGUUCCACAAAUAUUGGAAAACUUAUUUAUCGUCUAUGUGCUGAUGAUCUGAAACGUGUUUCCCUCGAAUUAGGCGGUAACGCACCCUUUAUAAUUUUCGAUAGCGCCGAUAUAAAGAAGGCGACAGAAAGUGCAUUACUUGCGAAAUUCCGCAAUUGCGGUCAAACGUGUAUUGCAGCCAAUCGUUUCUUCGUGCAAGACGGAAUUUAUGAUCGAUUUGUCGCUUGUUUUAAACAACAGGUAGAAGAUUUGGUUAUCGGCUUUGGUUGCGCUGAGGAAACUCAAAUGGGUCCACUUAUCAAUGAAGAUCAGUUUACUACGAUAUGUGAAUUGGUUGAGGACGCGCGCAAAAAAAACGCCUGCAUACUAACUGGCGGAUGCGGUUUGCCCUGUUUAGGUAAACUGUUUUAUGCCCCUACUAUAAUAACUAAAGUGCCACCGGAGGCAAGAAUUUAUUGUGAAGAGAUAUUCGGUCCAAUUGCGCCAAUUAUCAAAUUUAAAACCGAAGAAGAGGCUAUUCGAAAAGCGAACGAUACAAAAACCGGUUUGGCUGCUUAUUUCUUUACUGAAAACCUCCAACAAGCGUUUCGAGUGGCUAAACGUUUAGAAGUGGGUGUAAUAGGUCUGAACGAGGGCCUCAUUUCAACAGCUGAAGCACCGUUCGGCGGUAUCAAAGAUUCGGGUGUUGGUAAUGAAAUUGGACGUAUAAAUGAGUAUAUCAACAUUAAAUACAUUUGUUUAGGUAAUCUUAAGUAA